UGAUUUUUCUUAUGACAACUUGACAAUUAGAAUCCAAUAAUUCUAAGAAAUGUGAAAAUUGAUUGGAUACUUAGUUUACAACCUCAAAAAUCAUGAAACCAAAUGAAGACGGGAUAAUUAUUUUUUUUGAACCGAAUAUAGCUUGAAUAGAAAAAAACAAUAUUUUAUAAAAACAAAACAAAAAAACAUUACUAUGCCAUUCAUAAGUUUACUCCAGCUUUAAGUAAUUCAUACUCCACAAGAUUUUCUAUAUAAGAGGUUUUUUUUGAAAGAGUACACACACAUACAUACAUUUUUGAGAAUUUUUGCCAUGCUUGGAUAAUUUGAAUGCCAGUGCCCCGAUGCAGACUACAUGGAGAUUGAUAGCAGCUUUUGCAGGAAGUCAUGUUUUGUAUCGGCAUUUAUUUUUGCUUUGCUGUUGUUACAUACAACUUUGCCAUUUUGGAACCAACAAAGAAGAGGGUUAUUUUUGUACAAACCUCUAGAAAGUAUGUAAGCGAACUGUCCGCUGAUGACAUUACUGACAUCCACAUUUGUGGUGCCUGUCGAACAGAGUUCCAUAAUGUGGAUCUCUUCCUGCUCCACAAACGGCUCUCAUGUCCGGCCGUGCUGCAGUCAGCAGCCGCUAGUACCUCGCUGAGUCACCAGGACAGAGUAGCAGUAGCUCCUGGGGACAGCCAACAACAGAUAUCUGUGUCCAAAGCAAACUAUUCAAUGGUAACAACAUCUUUGAGUUCAAACAUGGGAAUCCAAGUUCAAUCUCCAGGCCUGCCUGUAGUACAAGGCACUACAAUGGGAACACCACACCCAAGUGAGCAUGAAGGGGUCGGGUCCACCUUCAUGAUAACCCCACCACAGGGCCACGAGUACAUUCAGACCAAUCAGAGGCCUGCACUCAUUCAGACAACCAAUCAAAACAAAUCUGAGUCACAGAUCAUUCUUACAGAAAAGGGGGAGCUGCUUGUCGUGCAGACCAUGCCACCUGAUGGGACGGAUCAAAGUGAGGCUGAAAUCAGCCAACAGGGCCAGGCCAUGCUUAACUUCAUACAGUACCUCCGUGCCAACAGUACGGGGGCCACAAAUGGUCCUGUCCUGACUACAACAGAGGGAACAACUCACCCCUCCACUGCACAAGUAGUGCAACUUGGCCAGAACGGCUCUGUGCCUCUGAUUUCAACUCCGGUCAGUCAGCCUUUAACAGUUACUCCAUCUGAUUUACAUAGUGUGAACUUAAUUGACCAGAUCAAUCGGAGACAGUUGAUUGAACAUUCACCACAAGUGACCUUUGACCCAGCUGGUCAGUUAGACAGAAGUGACCCCAGCAGUUGCCCUGUGAUUCAUGUACAAGACUUGGCACAACAGGCAGCCAGAAUGUCUGGAGUGGUAGAAAGUGAUCUCCAGAACAUUGCUAUGGAAACAGACCCGCAACAGGGUGACCUUGACCCUGUACAGUACUCUGUAAAUGUUGUUAAUAUAAGUCAGCCUGCUAACACUGAGAGUGUCGGGCAGAUACUCCAGAUACCGGAGUCAAACAUACAGGAAGAAAACAUGAUCUUCCAGGACAACACUGGACAGCCUGUACUGGAUAAUCACAAGUUUGGAAAGUUUAGCGGCAAAACGGUGAUCGCACGGGGAGCAAAAACACAUUUGUCCUCAGGCAAGAGUUCAUCUAAAUCAGCCUCUAAGUCAACAGGAUCUCCGACAAAAUGUCCAGGAACUCCACGCAAGAUCAGAACUCCGCCUGUGAAAAAGUUCAAAUGUCAUUAUGACGAUAAAUGCACAUUCUCAUCUGCAUAUUUAAAAGAUCUGGAGCGACACUUCAGGACCCACACUGGAGAGAAACCGUUUUCUUGUAAAUAUUGCGACCGCUCGUUUAGUCGAGUGGACAAACUUCACCUUCAUAUGAGGGCUCACACUGGAGACAAACCCUACAAAUGCAAAUUUUGUAGCUACAGUGCUGUGGAUAACAGCAGUCUACGGAAACAUGCAAUCGUUCAUACUGAUGAGAGACCUCACAAGUGUCAGGUCUGUCCCUAUGCCUGUCGUACAGCCAGUCAGCUAACUGUCCAUCUACGCACCCACACUGGUGACAGCCCCUUCCCCUGUCCAUUCUGCCCUGCCAAGUUCAAGAUCAAGUCAGACCUGCGGCGACAUCUGAGGGUCCACACAGGAGAGAAGCCGUACCAGUGUGAGAAAUGUGAUGCCAAGUGUGCCACAAAAGGAAAUCUAGCCAGCCAUGACCGUGUACACCACUCCUUGGAGAAUCAGUUGAAGUGUACAGUGUGUGAUUUCUCCACCUCGUCAAAGCGAAGCUACAAAGAACAUAUCAAAGGCCAUGAACCUGACGACCCAGACUGUGUGUGUCAUGUGUGUCACUACAAGUGUUCCAACAGAGAGGUGCUCCGCAGCCAUCUCUCCCGACACGAGAAGGAGAAGAGUUACAGCUGUAUGCACUGUUAUUUUUCAACCAACCACAAGGCCAACUUGACUCUCCAUAUCAAACGUAGGCAUAUGCAAGUCGAGACAAAAACCUCAAGUAUCAAAGGGAGACGAGGAAGGUCAUCUGAGGUCAAGGUUUCUUGCUCUUCCGGGAAAUUUUCAAAGGUGUUUGCCUGUCAUUUGUGUCCUGAAUCGUUUGUGAGGAAAGAUUCCCUACGCAGUCAUAUACGGUUACACGAAGAAAUGGCCAAUUCAACACUCACCACAGCUUUGACUGUGUUGAAAUUACAACAACCUGUUAUUAAUCAGAAAAGAGUCCCUCCAGUAAAUUAUGAUGGCGUAGCAGACACGGGGGACGGAAUCUCUGGCAUUCGUUCCAAAGAUCAAGAACAGGAAUUGGUGCUAUAUCGGACUGAAUCGGCACCAAUUACAUCUUCCGUGACCUCAAAUACUGGUGAGGAAAUGGUGAGAUACGAGGAUGGGUCAUGUAAUAGGCAGCCUCAAUCACAGUCAAGGGAAGGUCAGUCUGAGGUCACACAGGAGGUCAGUCAGGGGCAGGAUGGGCAGGAAUAUCAUAGGGAGGAAUUGCGUCACCAGAGUAUGGAGAUUAUGCACCUUCAAGGCGAAGCACCAGAACUAAGUCAGAUUGUACCUCCAGAUUACAUUACCACUACUUCAAGUGUUCCGACCUCUUUGGAGUCUACAGUAAUUACGUUAGAUAUGAGGACCCUGUCUUCAGAUGACAUAACCGUUGUAGAACCUCAAGGUAUUGCGGAGGCAAGGAAGUGGUUACUACACAGACAGGGCCACAUUUGUCAGGCAAGGACCACACAGGAGAAAGAUACGUCAACUCAGCCUGUGUACAGACAGUUGGGAGCAUCAGAUCCAGAUGUCCCAUGUGAUGUGCAAAUAAGGAGUGCACCUGAAUUGACAGACACCAAUCAGUACUCCAAAUGUCCUGUCAGAAAAUGUAAGCCAAUGGAGAGGCAGGACUGUGAUUUAGACAGUCAUCAUUACUCCAGAGAGAUGUAUUCUACCUCUUUGAUAAAACAGAAUAGUUCAGCUAGUGGAGUUCCUUUGGAGAGUGUAACAGAUAACCCUAAGAAUGUCCAGCAGACUGUGACAGAUGGCCGUGAAAUAUCGGUGCCUGACCAUGUUCAACUUCAACCCCACAUGAUUCCAAACAUACAGCUUGUCCAAAACAUAUCUUUUCCUGUCAUACAUCAUCCUACAGGCCUGAUCAUCCCUUCAGUUAACGGGCAAACUUUUAACCAGCUUGUGGGAGGAACUUUACAGCAAGGGGAUAUAACUACAAUUCAACAAGGGGACACAGCUCACUUGCCACAAGACAUACAUUCUAUGCAACAAAGAGGCUUAACCAAUCUACAGCAAGGGGUCAUAGCCACCUUGCAACAAGGGGACAUGACUACCUUACAACAAAGGGGCAUAACCACGCUGCAGCAAGGGGACAUGACUACCUUACAUCAAAGGGGCAUAACAACGCUGCAGCAAGGGGACAUAUCUAAUGUGCAACAAAGGAGCAUAACCACCCUACAACAAGGGGACAUAUCUACAAUUCUGCAAGGUGGCAUAACCAACCUUCAACAAAGGGAAAUAACAAAUCCACUAUCUGUCAGUGCCCAGUUACAGGAUGGUGAUACACACAUGACCUUACCGAUACAAAUUUUGCAACAACAGACUGGCAAUCAGAAUUUCCAGAUGAUCGGAGGUGUUUCACAACUAAUGAACACGCCACCAAACAGUGUCCAGAUCCUCUUGCCAAGCACUGUCGGCAAUUGCAAUACAAUCAGUCAGAACAUAGUGACUACUUCUAUUGGUGGAAUAGAAAAUCCAGUUAUAUCCAAUACAAUGCGUGGCGUUCAACUUGACCAACCCACUAGUGUAAGAUCUGGUCAGGUGCCCAGGGUCAGUAGUAGUCAGCUGCCUAAUGUCCCUACAGGACAGGUCACUAUGGUUUCAAACCCAACACUAACAGCCAAUAGUGGGGAUGAGGUGGAUGGCUUGAUGGGUCAGCAGACCUCAGGCCAUAAUAGCAGAGUCCUCGUAUCUAUGUCACCUGUUACGCCACAAACACUUCAGAAAAGAAAUCUUGUUCCUGUGUCACCUGCAGAACCCCAGACACUGCAGACAGGAAGCCUUGUCCCCUUGUCACCUGUAGAACCCAAGACACUGCAGACAGGUCUUGUUCCAGCGUCACCUGCUGUAUCGCAAACACCGCAGACUGAAAGCCUUGUUUUGCCGGAGAAUGCUGAUCAGGACUUUGUCUCCAUACCCGUGAACUUCAUCAGAGUAUCACAGACAGAAACUAACCCGACGUCAUCCGACCAGCACACUCAAGUAGCCAACUCCAGUAUUGGACGUCCCAGGAAUUAAAGCAAUGUUGAGAUACCGAAUGACGUUUAUUCCUGUCCAUGCAAAUCCAGUGAAGUUUCUUUCUUCAUGCUGCCAGCUGGUGAUAUGAAUAAUUGGACAAUACACAAUGUGCCGAAUGAGGAUGUGUAUAAAUAUUUAUUUGUUUACAUGGAUAAUCAGACUCAACACAACAAAGGUCAGACUUUGGAUAACAACAGGCUGCACACUGGGGAUAUGUGCAAAUAUUAAACCUGUUUACAUGGAUUAUCGUGCAUUAGACAACACACAUGUGAAUGUCCAUACAUGUUAAUGUUUCAUCUGUAUACAUACAGCUCCAUGGACAUCUGACUUUGGAUAUGUGUAAAUGUUUUGUCGGUAUACAGGUACAUGGACAUCUGACUUUGGAUAUGUGUAAAUGUUUUGUCGGUAUAC